AAUAAAUAUUUUAAAGCAUUUUUGCAUCUCUUAUUGAGUCCUAAAAGUCAAAACGGAUCAAAGAUUAAAUUGUCUCUGGAAUUUGGUGUAAAUUAGUAUCCUAAGCUUGUAAAACAAGACAGAAUAUGGCAGGUUGCUGCACUAGAACUAAAUAAAAUGACUGUUCAGGAAUUAAAUUCAGGAAAAUUCUUACAUUAUAUAUUGGAAACAGGUUGAAAUUAUCCCACCACACCGGCUUUUUGUUGACUUUUUUAAAGAAAAUAUGUCUUGAAGGACUCAAUAAUGGACAAAAUGUGUCUGGUAAGAGUUUUUUACUUCAGAGGAAAUUUGAAAGCACAAAGCCAUGAAAAAUGGAGGAAAAAACAAGAAAUUGAACCAAUUAUCAUGAGAUAACAGUAGCAUCUGGGUGGUACCGAGUUUGAACACCCUAACAGUCCAACUGAUCCUGAGCGGUGAGACAUCAACUGAAACCUACUUUCCAUCAACACGCUGAUUUCUGUGUGCGCACAAAUCUUUACUUAAUUUUAAAUCCUUUAGAGCUCAGCACCGACCCUGGUCACAUCCCAUCAUCCCUCACGGUGGAGGACAGACUCAUAUCCGGCUGACCGGGUCAUAUAUGACCUGCAGGAAUUGGGUUUGCUGUGUUUUACCUCGCAGAUAAUCUCGGUUUGCCCCAUUUGGUGACACAGAAAGAGCGCGCUGAUUACUCACAGCACGCGCCGACGGUGUCUGGGGGCCAGAUUGCUUUUGGGGGCCCCCACUACUUCUACUUUUUUUCUCAACUGUGCAAUUUCCUUUUCAAUCACGGCGGGUCCACAGAUUGCCCAGGCGCAGCCAUUGUGAUGCAAAGCAGGAAACCCUCCUCUCGCUAUUAAUUAUGUAUGCGCAAAAUGACCGAUUCAUAUGUCCGGAGUUAACUGUCACGCCAGCGCACAUGCUGCCGGGCCACAGGGGUUUGCCGUUUAGAUAUAUUACGAAGUUGGUCGAAUUUAGUUCAGUGCGUAAAAGAGCGUUUCAAAUCUUUUUGGGGGAUAGUUGUCCUGUAAAGUCUUUAAAUGUCUUAAAUUCUCAAAUCUGAGUCCCAAGUCCUUUCACAGUCCUUAAAACGGUUCAAUUAUGUGUUCUAAAAAUCUGUCUUAAACCCGAACUCAUACAUUUUAACUUUAAUUUAGAAAAUUGGUGCUCGGUGUAACUUUAUCUGCGCAUUCCCUCUCCGGAGCUGAAUUUCCAACUUGCAGUUACAUUUUCCACAUUUGCUCAUUGUUUUUCCUAAUCACUUCUUCUUGACAUCGUUUAUGUGGACGGAUGUCUCCUUCUUGAACAAAUCAGAGCCCCCACCACCCCAACAGAGACCCACAAAGCCGGGGCACGUGUAGAUUUCUUUAGAAACGCAUCAGACCGUAAAAGCAGGAGGCUUCUGGCGUGUGCCCUGGUCGAGAAGGUGUUUGUGUGUGUGUGUGUGUGUGUGUGUGUGUGUGUGUGUGUGUGUGUGUGUGUGUGUGUGUGUGUGUGUGUGCGUGCGUGUGUGUGUGCAUGCGCUACAAUAAAACCCUCAGGUACAUCUACUUUGCAAUCUGCAAACCCCCACUCCUCAUGCAUCAGCCUCUCCAUCCUCCCACACCCACUCCCCAAAUCCACUGGGAGAACUCAGCUCCUCCUGAUUGGUCGGGGAUGAGUCAACGAGGGGGGACGGGAACAAUGUCAUCAUGUCGCUUUAAAAAGAGUGCAGCUAUGUUGUGGUGAAAGCACCUCGGGAGGAGAACAGAGGAUCAAUAGCAGCAGGAAACGACAACAAAAAGACGCAUCAGAUGUUUCUGUCCGCGCGCGGCUGAAAGUGGAUUUCUUCUCCCCGCAGCAGCGUCCCAAGUGCCUUCAGCUCUCCGUCCAGCGUUAUCAUGCCGAGAGGAUUUUUGGUGAAAAGGAACAAGAAACCAAACCCGGUGUCCUACCGGGUUCGCUCAGACGAAGAGGUAGCGCAGCAAACAGCGGCUAAUGCGCUGGCGCUGCCGCCCUCCUGCGCGCCUCUCGCCUCCAUCCCGGUGCGCGCAAAGACGCCGACGCCCACCUGCGGGGCUGCUGCCACGGCACCGGAGCAUGUAGCUAGACCGGUGCAAUUCGGGAACCCGGAGGCGGUGUACCAGGCGCUCUACAGCCCCACCCGCCCCGUGAGCCAGGACUACGACCGCUCCUACUUUGAGAGACGCUUCAACCUCGGAUCACCGGUUUCCGCGGAGUCUUUCCCCGCACCAGCGGCGCUCCCCGCAUUGGACCACCUCUAUGCCCCGGUGGACCUGAAAAUUGGCUCCAGCAACAGCAACCGCACUGAAGCCAGCGCCACAUCCACCGCGACGCUGCCCACCGCCCGUACCAAACGUCCGUCCAGCGACACCGAGCGCAAAGGCAAACCGCCAUCCAAGAAAACCAAAGCUAUCCGGAAACUGCACUUUGAGGAUGAUGUCACCACGUCUCCGGUCCUCGGACUCAAGAUUAAAGAGGCUCCGGUGGACCAGAAGCCCCCCAGACCGCAGCUGCUCGGAGGGGACAACGUCCCGCUGGGGGAGUUCGUGUGCCAGCUGUGCCGCGAGGCGUACGCGGACCCGUUGGCUCUGGCCCAGCACAAGUGCUCCAGGAUAGUCCGGGUUGAGUACAGGUGUCCUGAAUGUGACAAGGUGUUCAGCUGCCCGGCUAACCUCGCCUCGCACCGGCGGUGGCACAAACCGAAGCCGCAGAGCGCAUCCUCCGGUGGGCAACACUUGGAGAGCGACAAGGCGGCUGCCUCCGGUAAAACAGCGCCGGAUGAUGCGAAGGAUUCUAGUGACAGGGACACACCCAGCCCCGGGCCGUCCGAGUCCGGCUCAGAAGAAGGGCUGUAUGAUUGCAAUCACUGUGGGAAAAAGUUCAAGCGCCAAGCGUACCUGCGGAAGCACCUUGCGUCCCAGCACGGCUCCCCCAAGCCGGCAGAGGACGAGGACGCGUCCGCCUGCGAGCAGAGCGCGGCGCCGCUGAACCUGAGUGCCUCCGCCUGCCACAUGUGUCCGGUCUGCGGGGAGAACUUUUCCAACAGAGGCAGCCAGGAGCGGCACAUCCGCCUGCUGCACUCCUCGCAGGUCUACCCGUGCAAAUACUGCCCUGCCGUGUUUUACAGCUCCCCGGGACUCACCAGACACAUCAACAAAUGCCACCCGUCCGAGAACCGGCAGGUGAUCCUGCUGCAGAUGCCGCUCCGCCCCGCCUGCUGAUCCGGGAAUAAAGGCUGCUUUCACUGUCAGAUUAAAGCCUUGUUCCUGAGAGGAUUUUAGGGUCACACUGCAAACAUAUCCGUUUAAAAAAAAAGCUUGGGCUCCUAAAAUCCUAAUUUUGUUCAUUUAUUUUUUGAAUCAAAGGAAAAAUACAUGGCACUUUGGUGAGAAGCUGAAACUCUGGUUGACUUCACUGUCGAUGGGAGUGAUUUAUUUUCUCUCUAGUUUCAAUUAUUUGGUAGAAGAAAAAAACACUAAAUUCAGUUUUUUGUUUUCUUUUUGGGACGUUGAUUCCAGCAAAUGCACAAAUCACAAAAGAUAAAGAGGAAUGGUUCCUGGCAUCCACAUUUUUAGGCAUGUUUUGACAACUCAUUGAAGUAGAAGAAGAACUGAAAGGAUAUUUGUUUGCAAUGCAACUCCUACAGCAAACUAUGUGACUCACAUGCACCACAGUUGUAGAGGUUUAGAGGUCAGCCGCUCACCUGCAGCUGGCAGGGAGUCAGUGCCUUGCUUAAGGACACUUCAGCAGGUUCUGGGUGUGUGUUUGAACCCUGGCCUUUAGCCCCCCCCCCCCCCCCCACACCUCCCACCCCCCCUUUACUACAAACACUUAAAGCGUUAGACUGUUAAUUUAUUUUUGUAGCAUCCGCACAAGUGCUAUUAGCUUCUAGACCUAAGAGAGGGGACGACCUGUAGCCGAAACAGAACUCACAGGCCGGAGAAGACCUUAAAUCUCAUCACUCUGAUUAGCUUUAACAUAGCUUGUGGAUCCGUGGAUCAGUAGCUGUUGCCUGGAAACA